AUACCCAAACUUUCUUUCUUUCUUUCCUUAAUACCCCCGUCUUCCACCGUUAACUCUCCGGCGGUCUUCUCAAAAUCUGUGCAAUCUUGAGAAAUUUCAAUCCCAACAACAUUUUCCCGGAAAAAAUUUCUUCAUGUGUGAUCUUAACCUCGAAUUUUUCUCAAUUCGUCUUCUUCUCUGCCAAAAUCGAGCUUCUUUCGCGAUUGAGGUCUAAUUUCUGGUACAGUUGAACUCGGUCCAAAGGAGCUGUUUUUAUUGUUUUGUGAUCCAGUCACCGAGGCAUUUAGAAUGAAAGAGGUUGAUUCUUCAUUUGAAGAUGUAAGUAGCAAAGAAGCUUUGGAUGAGCAUGAGAUGGAUAAAAGAUUUGGACUGUACGAGAUUGUGAAACCACCUGAAACUGGCAUGUCUUUUGACUCAUCAGAUGCCCUUUAUGAGUACUACAGGCAAUAUGGGAGACAAGAAGGUUUUGGAGUUAAGAAGAAAACAUCACGUUCUUCAAUGGAUGGGAAAUCAAAAUUUGUGUGCUUUUCGUGUUCUCGUGCAGGGAAGUCAAUAUCUCAUAAGCAGAAUUACCUAACUCCGAAUCCACUAACAAGAAUUGAGUGCAAGGCCAGGAUCAAUGCUACAAUACUUGAAGAUGGAAAGUGUAAGGUUAAUUCUGUUGCACUUGAGCAUAAUCAUGAAUUGAGUCCAAGUAAAUCACAGUUUUAUUUAUGCAAUCGAGAAAAAGUUAUUGGUGUGCGUAGAAAACUUGCCCCGAGUGAUCAAACAGCGAAUGGUGUGAUAAUCAAUUAUCAAUCAGUGGACACUGGGGCCUUUGAUAAUGUCACAGUGCUAGAAAAUGACUGCAUGAGUUAUUUUGAGAAAGGAAGUGGACUACAACUAUUUGCAGGAGAUGCUAAAGCAAUCCAGGAAUAUUUUGUUCGUAUGCAAAUUAAGAAUUCAAAUUUCUUUUAUAUGAUGGAUAUGGAUGAUGAUGCUAGAAUCAAGAAUAUAUUUUGGGCUGAUGCACGCAGUAGGGCGAUGUAUGAAGAAUUUGGUGACGUGGUUACGUUUGAUACGACAUACUUGACAAAUAAGUAUGAUAUUCCUCUUGCACCUUUCACAGGGGUGAAUCAUCAUGGCCAAUCCAUCUUGUUUGGAUGUGCAUUGCUAUCAAAUGAGGAUACGACUACAUUCACAUGGUUGUUUAAGACAUGGCUUGCCUGUAUGUCUGGACGUGCUCCAAAUGUUAUAAUUACAGAUGAGCACAAGUCAAUGACAAAAGCAAUUGAUGCUGUAUUCCCCAAUACUAGACAUCGUUGGUGUUUGUGGCAGGUAAUGAAGAAACUACUAGAGAAGCUGGAGGGUCUCAAAUUGCAUGACCAAGUAAAGAUAUCACUGCAAGAUGCUAUUUAUGAUUCUUUAGGAAAGAAAGAAUUUGAAGAAAGCUGGGAAAGAAUUGUUAAAGAUUUGAAUCUUUGUGAUAAUCCAUGGCUAAGUAGCUUAUACAGUGAAAGGAAUCAUUGGGUUCCAGCCUUUCUAAAGGACUCCUUUUGGGCGGGAAUGUCAACCACACAACGUGAUGAAAAUUUUGUUCCUUUCUUUGAUGGGUGUGUUAACUCAAAAACAACAAUAAAACAAUUUGUUGAACAAUAUGACAAGGCUUUAAGAAACAAGGUAGAGAAGGAACACCUUGCAGAUUUCCAGUGUUUUAGUACAUGGAUCCCAUGUGUAACCCUUUUUGAGAUAGAAAAACAAUUUCAAGUGGCUUACACCAAUACAAAGUUCAAAGAAUUCCAAAAGGAGCUGACUGGGAAGCUUUAUUGUGAAGUCUCUUGUACUGACAAUAAAGAUGGAAAUUUUGAUGUUUCUGAGGUUAUAUUUGUUGGAGAUAAACGUAAACAAGUCCAUUUCAAUGUUCGAUUCAACGCAGAGAAUUGUGAAGCUCAAUGUAGUUGUGGUUUGUUUGAAUUUAAAGGAAUCCUAUGCAAGCAUGCAAUUUCAGUUCUCUUGAAAAUGGAAGUUAUAAACGUACCAGAAAAGUAUAUCCUACCACGAUGGCGGAAGGAUUUGAAAAGAUGUCACACAAGGGUCAGGGUUGGUUAUUAUGACGAUUGGACUAGCAAUCUUGAGGCUCAACGAUAUGAUAAGCUACGAAAGAAAUUUGACGAAGUUGCCGACUUUGCAGUGGUCUCUGAUGAGAAGAUGAUGAUGCUGUGGAAUUGGUUAGAUGAAAUUCAGACAAAAGUAAAAUGAGACUACUUGAGGGAUAAGUAGCAACUGACAUUGCUGGUCGAGAAAUCCCUGUCACUAUUUCCACAAGAUCAACUACUGCUAGUUGGGAAACUCUCAUGCAUUUUGGAUAGUGGUUAGCAUCAGAGUUUCCUUCUUCGAGUCAAGAUUAGCAUUAUCAGAACGGUGAGACACGCCAAAAUCAGGGUACGAGCUCAUGCUCGGGAGCAGCAAUACCAGAGGUGGGGUAACUUUCUUACCUCUCCAAUUUUCUGCAUGGCUUACAUCUGCUCUAAUUUUAAUCUGCACUUGUACCGCUGAUUUUGGAUUUUUGCUGCUGCAAAUGUGCAUGGUCCAGAAUCAUAUCAGGUGCUAAGAAGCAAGAGAAUAUUAGAUGACAUGUGACUGUAAAUAUUGUUCAAACAGAUGUUAGCUUUUAAGAGAUCUUGUUUUGGUGUUGACGCAGAUGUAUUAAUAUGUUGGUCUCUUUAAAGUAAUUCAUGUCUCGUCUUCCUUGUUUGUCACUGA